AGGCUUGUCUAAAGAAAACCGUUCUUAGCUGGUGCUGAAAAGAUUACAGUGAAGCUGGUUGCCUGAUGUCAAUAAGGAGGGAGUUCCAGAGUUUUUGCAGGUACAAAUGCAGCUGUCUGGAGAGUGUCUCACUCCUUAAAGACCCUUUUCCUGCUGUGUUUAAUCUAGGAGCCCAUUUAUUUGGUCCUUCUGCCUGGAGGGAAGGCCAGAAGCUGGCCAGGAGGAUCCUGGGCCAACCCCAGAAAUUCCCAAGGCCGGGGAACAGCAGCUCUUUUUGGAUGGCAGCAAAGGGCACCCCAGAACCGGAAAAAGGUUUGUUGACCAUGUCCCAGGUAGAACAAAGCUCUUUAGGAAGGAGAGGUGGCACGCACCGCAAAGAUCAUGCCAUGGAGAGAGGAACAGCAGAAGCUGGAGAAGCAGAUGGUGCUGCAGGAUUGAACAAAAUCUGCCAAGGCUGCAGGAACCAGGAAUAUCCAGAUCUAGAAAGGGAGGCAGGAAAUCUGCAAAGGCAAACAGGAAGCAAGGGUAAAGCAGGUUGCUCCGAUGGGAUGGAAACCAAGGAUUCCCCCAAGGUCCACAGUGCAUCUGCAGACACUGGGUGGAUGUGCCCCAGAAUACUCUCAGCCAUCCGCAAGGGGAGGGUGAAGGAGACCUCCCGAAUGGAGAACCAGCCCAGGUUGGAUGGAGAGAGGAAGAGGAUCCCCUACAAUAUUGAUGAGGUACGGGAAUUUAUGGUGCAGAAGAUGGCAGAAAGGAGAAAGAUGGCCCGGGAAGAAAAGCGAGCUUUAAGGGAGGCACAGGAGGCAAGGAAGAGGAGGCUAAAAGAGGUGGAGAGGAAGCAGAAGGAAGCCUUCAGCAGAAGCAGGAGGAGAAAGCCUUACACAGAGGAGGAAGUAGGCGGGAAGUUCAACCAGGGAAGCACGUCCCCGAAGUACGCCAAGUGUCACUGGAGUCCGGUAAGGAUAUAAGAUGUGUGUUUGAUUGGUGGAAAGAGUGGUUGGUGAGCUGUAAUUCAAAAGUCCAAGAGAGAGCAGCAGAAAAGGGUAAUGCAGCAGGGUUCUGUCCUG